AUGGGACGUCCGUUAGACAUCCCGUUAGACGUCCCGUUAGACGUCCCGUUAGACGUCCCGUUAGACGUCCCGUUAGACGUCCCACGUCCGUUAGACAUCCCGUUAGACGUCCCGUUAGACGUCCCGUUAGACGUCCCGUUAGACGUCCCGUUAGACGUCCCGUUAGACGUCCCGUUAGACGUCCACGUCCCGUUAGACGUCCCGUUAGACUUCCCGUUAGAAGACUUCCCGUUAGACGUCCCGUUAGACGUCCCGUUAGACGUCCCGUUAGACGUCCGUUAG